AUGGAGAACGGAUAUUCGUAUAGUCAGGACGCGAACGGGCAUCGAUUUUAUACCCGGAACGUGAACAUGAAUAUAUCACAGGAACAACGAGAUCAAGAAACUCAGGAUGAGUACCAGUCCCGUUUGGAACGCGAGCGUGAAUACAACGAUUUUGUGACUAGGUAUCCAAGCUACUACGCACACGGCGGUGGUGGUGGAAACGAGUCAGGAUAUGAAUUGGAACAUCAGAAUUUGUACGGACCGUCGGAUCAGAUGAGACAGUCUCACCAGAGAUUACCGGUUCCUGCGAUCAACGUUUAUCAAGAGCCUCAGGCGAUUCCGUUUACGCAAAACGCGGUACAACCUUUGCAUUCGGACCCAAACUUUGAUCCGAACUUAGACGUGUAUCAGGGCAUGGAGUACGGACAAAAUGGAUCAAGUGCGCAGUCGAGCAUCGGUGACCAAUAUGCAACCGAUACGCAGCCGAUUUUGUCGACGGGGCAAGAACAGUACGCUUUUGUAGGGAACACCAACUACUCGCAACGGUAUUUCAGCGAAGACCCUGAGGAUCCGUUCGGGUAUGUCGACCAAGCCGGUGAUGAUUAUCAGAUCAACACGUUUCUUAAUAAUGAUGGCGAAAUGUAUGCCGGUGCAGCUGAGACACCCGAUUUCGGCGCAAGUCGUGAUCUUCAAGACGAACACAGUACGGUAAGUUAUUCAAACAGCAGAGAUCUUGGCGAAUACUCGUACGAGAACGAAACGAACACACUUGCGAAUUUUAACGAUUCUCGCUUAUUACUGGACGAUGAACAAAAUGAAGACCUCAGCGAAAAGGCAAGUAAAGGUAGCGCGGGAUCACGUCGCAGUUUUCCCACCAGAAAACCCACCACGGUGCGUAAAUUCAGACUGUGUGAGGGCAAUUUCAUUUUUGACUGCCCUAUCAGCGACCAGCUACUUACGCAGUACAGUACGGGGGUUGACGAUCCAACCAAGCUUUCCAAUGAAUUCAAAUUCAUGCGGUACCAAGCUGUGACCUGCGAGCCUGCCGAAUUCCAGAGCGGCAAUUUCACGCUACGUCAGGUGAAAUACAUGAUGCCACGUCAAACUGAACUCAUGAUUGUCAUUACCAUGUAUAACGAGGACGAUGUGCUACUGGGCCGCACGUUGAAAGGUGUUAUGGACAAUAUCAGGCAUUUGACCAAGAAAAAGAGUUCGUCUACCUGGGGGCCCGACGCAUGGAAAAAAGUAGUUGUUUGUGUGGUUUCGGAUGGUCGCUCCAAGAUUCACGAAAGAUCUUUAGCAUUAAUGAGCGCUCUAGGUUGUUAUCAAGACGGCUUUGCCAAGGACGAAAUUAACGGUAAGAAAGUCGUCGCUCAUGUAUACGAGCAUACUUCAAAAGUUAAUAUUACAGACGUGAGAGACGGACAGGUUGAACUUGCAUGUGGAGAAAAUACCGUACCGAUUCAACUUUUAUUUUGUUUAAAAGAGAAAAAUCAGAAAAAGAUUAAUUCGCAUCGGUGGGCUUUUGAAGCUUUUGCUGAGACGCUAUUACCAAGGGUCAUCACUUUGCUCGAUGCAGGAACUAUGCCUGGUAAAGACUCUAUAUAUGAGCUUUGGCGUGAAUUUAAAGACCCUCAAGUUGGGGGCGCCUGCGGAGAAAUCAAAACCGAUCUAGGAUCUGGAUUUUCAAAAUUGCUAAAUCCGCUGGUGGCAUCUCAAAAUUUUGAGUACAAACUUUCUAAUAUUCUCGACAAGACCACCGAAUCUAAUUUCGGAUUUAUUACAGUAUUACCGGGUGCAUUUUCAGCUUAUCGACUUGAAGCGGUAAGAGGCGAGCCUCUUCGCAAGUACUUUUUAGGUGAUGAUUUGAACGCCAAAGUCUUCAUAUCCAAUAUGUACUUGGCCGAAGAUCGUAUUCUUUGUUUUGAAGUUGUCACCAAAAGGGAUAGCAAUUGGAUCUUGAGUUACUCCAAGAGUGCGUAUGGCUCUACAGACGUGCCAGAAAAAAUUCCAGAGUUUAUUCUUCAAAGAAGAAGAUGGAUGAACGGAGCCUUUUUUGCUGCUUUGUAUUCAUUUCUGCAUUUCUACAAAAUAUGGACAAGCGGACACAGUGUAGGCCGUAAGUUUGCCUUCAAUUUCCAGUUUUUGUACCUGAUAUUGAGCACUCUAGUAUCCUGGUUUUCUCUGAGCUCUUUUUUCCUCGUUUUCAGGAUUUUGACAAUGUCGAUUGCCAUAACUUUUUACUCUAAGCAAGUGUUCCGCAUCCUUUCGGUGGUCUUUUUAUGGCUUUACGGUGUGUCAGUUUUGAUAACAUUCAUACUUUCUUUGGGAAAUAAACCAAAGGGAACGUCCAAAUUUUACCUAUCGACUUUCAUCUUUUUCGCCGUCUUGAUGAUUUACAUGAUAUUCUGUGCGAUUUACAUGAGCGUGUAUUCGAUAAAGAAUAUUGUUGAGGCUGGAAAUGUCACUUUCAAAGGGCUGAUGUUACAGGAAACGUUCCGGGACCUGAUAGUGUCAAUGGCAUCUACCUAUGUCCUGUAUUUUCUCAGUUCCGUGUUAUAUCUGCAGCCGAUGCACAUGCUCACUUCAUUUGUGCAGUACAUUCUAUUGAGCCCCUCCUACAUCAAUGUGUUGAAUAUCUACGCCUUUUGCAACGUCCACGACAUCUCGUGGGGUACCAAAGGUUCCUCGGCGAAACCAUUGGGCAAAUUGCAAUCCAAAGAAGACGGCAUAGUCAAAAUGGAGAUCCCAGUUUCUUCGCGGGAAAUUGAUGCGAACUACGACAAAUACCGCCAGUUACUUGCCAACGCCGCACAGGAAGAAGAAUCGGAGGAAAUGUCAUUUGAGGAGAAAAAGACAAGUUACUACGCAAUGGUAAGGUCUUUGGUCAUUAUCAUUUGGGUAAUCUCUAAUUUCGUGAUCAUCGCCGUGGUGCUGGAAACCGGUGGUAUUGGCCAAUACGAAUCUCUGGACAAAAACAGCUCUGCGGCUCAAACGAAUCAAGCCACGGUCACCAUUUUGUCUGCGAGAUCUACGAUUUAUUUCUCGGUAAUUCUAUGGCUUGUUGCGUUCAUGGCAGCUUUCAGGUUUAUCGGUUGUUCGCUCUACCUGGUGAGAAGAUAUAUUGCGAAGCUGAGACGAUAA